CCGAGACGACACGACAUACGACGGGCAUUCUAGCUAAAUUUCAGCACUACACCCUACACAUUCUACCCUAGUCAAAAGCAAUCAUCACCACGGAACAGUCCGUCGCGUUCAAGCAAAAUCCAACGCAAAUUCCCCACCCCAUUGGGGCGGCACACACGGUCGCUUGCUGCGGUGCCAAAUCCCAUCAAUUCAUCAAUGGCGCUGUCGAGCUGAGCACUUAGUUGUUGAGCUCGAGCUCCCCGUAGUACGACUCUGCUUUUUUUGUUUUGAAUCCUCCGCGAGUCGCCCACCGACUAACAUCGAGCCCAACCUGAGAGGAUGGUUGGAGGAGGGGGAGGAGGAGGGCCGCUGCGGCGGGUUGGGAAGUACGAAGUGGGGCGGACCAUCGGGGAGGGGACGUUCGCCAAGGUCAAGUUCGCGCAGAACACGGAGACCGGGGAGAGCGUCGCCAUGAAGGUGCUCGACCGCUCCUCCAUCCUCAAGCACAAGAUGGUGGAUCAGAUCAAGAGAGAGAUAUCCAUAAUGAAGCUUGUGAGGCAUCCCAAUGUGGUCAGGUUACACGAGGUUUUGGCCAGCCGAAAGAAGAUAUUUAUAAUCUUGGAGUUCAUCACUGGUGGUGAACUAUUUGACAAAAUUAUUCGUCAUGGGAGACUUGGUGAAGCCGAUGCACGUAAAUACUUUCAGCAGCUUAUUGAUGGUGUUGAUUUUUGCCACAGCAAAGGAGUCUACCAUAGAGAUUUAAAGCCUGAAAAUCUUCUCCUUGACUCCCAAGGAAAUCUUAAAAUUUCAGACUUCGGACUCAGUGCAUGGCCUGCACAGGGAGCUACCCUUCUACGUACUACGUGUGGAACCCCAAACUAUGUUGCCCCAGAGGUCCUCAGUCAUAAAGGAUAUGAUGGGGCACUUGCUGAUACAUGGUCAUGUGGAGUUAUUCUAUAUGUCCUGUUGGCAGGUUAUCUUCCAUUCGAUGAAGUGGAUUUGACUACACUUUAUGGGAAGAUUGAGAGCGCAGAAUAUUCAUUUCCAGCUGUGUUUCCAAACGGUGCCAAGUCACUGAUACGUAGAAUUCUUGAUCCUAAACCAGAUACACGAAUCAGGAUAGAAGAGGUCAGAAAUGACGAAUGGUUUAAGGAGAACUAUGAACCUAUCAGAGAAGUCGACAAUGAAGAAGUCAAUCUCGAUGAUGUUAAUGCAGCUUUUGAUGAUCCCGAGGGGGACACUGAACAUACUUUUGAUGAUGAAGCAGGCCCUUUGACGCUCAAUGCAUUCGAUUUAAUUAUUCUAUCUCAAGGAUUGAACCUUGCAGCCCUAUUUGAUCGCCGACAGGACAAUGGCAAGCUUCAAAAUAGAUUUUUGUCACGCAAACCGGCAAAUGUUAUAUUGUCAAGCAUGGAGGUUGUUGCUCAAUCCAUGGGGUUUAAGACACAUAUUCGUAAUUAUAAGAUGAGGGUGGAAGGUCCAAAUGCAAACAAGACUAGUCAUCUCACAGUUAUGCUUCAAAUUUUUGAAGUUGCACCAUCAAUCUUCAUGGUGGAGCUACAGAGAUCUGUUGGAGAUACUUCAGAGUAUAAUAAGUUUGUAAAUAACUACUGCUGCAAAUUAGAUGAUAUCAUUUGGAAAGUUCCUGCUGAGAAGAGAAAAUCGAGGACGCCUCGGCCAUCGAAGCGUUAAUUUUUCCUCGACGUUUAUGUAUUGCAUGACACUAUCGAGAUCUACUUUUUUAAUUCUCUUGGCCAGAAUUUAGCACCUAAACCACAUCGGUUUGUUGCAGGUACCAUGUAUAAUGUUGCGUGGUUUGAAUUAUGUACAUCAUGGGUUUGAUUAGUGGAUGUACGUAAUUGAUCAGUGUUGUUUUAAAUAUAUAGGCGUAAAUCUUUGUCUAGUAUCAUGACUGUAUACUACGAGUCUGCUUGUACAAAGAGGAGCACCUAUUAGUGGUUUUGACAACUCAGUUUUUCUGUACAGAAUUCCAGCGAUGUGUUGAAGCAAUUGUAACUCGCAUAUCUCCUAGCUUGUGGGGGAAGAGUUCAGAUCAAUUGUGUGUGUUGCCAACUGCUACAAGAUUUGUUGAUUUCGUUCCA